CCCGCCACGCGGCUGCUAUUAUAACAGAGUGGAGGGAGGAAUAUCGAUGAUUUAAAUAAUGCCGUGUAGUGGGCUGCGGUGGCGUCUCCAGAGAACGACACGUGUCUGGGGUCGGACAGCGGCGAAAGCAGGAGGGGUCCGACCUUACGCACAACCGUCGGACCUGGCGUCAUUCUUUUUCUUCUUCUUUUCGGGCUUCUUCUGGAUCGGAUUCUUUCUCCCAGCAUCCUCCCCCUCUCUCCCUCUCUCUCCCUCUCUAAGAGAGGAGUACGCAAAGAAAAGAUGGCCGAGAGCAGUGGCGACAUGGACGCAAGCAACGGCAAUGGGUCGAGCUUGUCGCCCUCUGGGACCAGUGACAGGAAUCUACCCAGGGCGAAUACCAUGCCUGGUGGGACGAAGAAUGCUGAAAAAUCAGAGACAUCCUCGGGGCAGCCAAAUUUGGAAAGGUCACAAACUGAGAGACGUAGGCAAAGUAAUCCACGAGAUGACCCAGCAGCCCAACUAUUUGAUGAUAAGAUUUCUGUUAAAAAGAAGCUGAAGAUGUUAAAUCGAAUAGCUACAGUGAAAGAUGAUGGAACUGUAGUAGUUGACGUUCCAAGCAAUCUUGAACCUGCAUCACUUGAUCUUGGGUCUGAGGAUGUUGCUGCUGAACCAGUUGAUGAAGAAACACUAGACUCAAUGGACUUUCAGUAUAGACCACCUAUGCAAAUAGUCAUUCUUAUUGUUGGUACACGAGGAGAUGUGCAGCCAUUUGUCGCUAUUGGUAAACGUCUACAGGACUAUGGUCAUCGUGUUAGACUAGCAACUCAUGCGAACUUCAAGGAGUUUGUAUUGACUGCUGGACUGGAGUUUUAUCCUUUAGGGGGAGAUCCAAAAGUUCUUGCUGAAUACAUGGUCAAGAAUAAAGGGUUCUUACCUUCAGCACCUUCAGAGAUACCUAUUCAACGAAAACAGAUCAAGGAAAUUAUAGUUUCAUUGCUUCCAGCCUGCAAGGAUCCAGAUGUUGAUACAGGCAUUCCUUUCAAAGCAGAUGCAAUAAUCGCAAAUCCACCAGCAUAUGGGCAUACACAUGUGGCAGAGGCGUUAAAGGUUCCAAUUCACAUAUUUUUCACAAUGCCAUGGACGCCAACUAGUGAAUUUCCCCAUCCUCUUUCUCGUGUCAAGCAACCAGCUGGAUAUAGACUUUCAUACCAAAUUGUUGAUUCUAUGAUCUGGCUUGGAAUACGAGACAUGAUAAAUGAUUUUAGGAAAAGAAAGUUGAAGCUGCGACCUGUAACAUAUCUUAGUGGAGCCCAGGGUUCUGCUUCCGACAUUCCUCAUGGUUAUAUAUGGAGUCCUCAUCUUGUCCCCAAACCAAAAGACUGGGGACCUAAGAUUGAUGUAGUUGGAUUUUGCUUUCUUGACCUUGCAUCAAACUAUGAACCUCCAGAAUCACUUGUGAAAUGGCUUGAAAGUGGUGAAAAGCCUAUUUAUAUUGGAUUUGGCAGCCUUCCUGUCCAAGAACCAGAAAAAAUGACUAGUAUUAUUGUGGAGGCACUGGAAAUAACUGGCCAGAGAGGUAUCAUUAACAAGGGUUGGGGUGGCCUUGGGAACUUGCCAGAGCCUAAGGAAUUUGUUUAUCUACUGGAUAAUGUUCCCCAUGAUUGGCUUUUCUUGCAGUGUAAGGCAGUGGUGCAUCAUGGAGGUGCUGGAACGACAGCUGCUGGCCUAAAGGCUGCGUGUCCAACUGCUAUUGUACCUUUCUUUGGUGAUCAGCCUUUCUGGGGUGAGCGGGUACAUGCUAGAGGGUUAGGCCCCCCACCUAUUCCUGUGGAUCAAUUCACACUGCCAAAGUUGGUUGACGCAAUAAAAUUCAUGUUGGAUCAAGAGGUGAAGGAACGGGCUGUUGAACUGGCGAAGGCCAUGGAAUCAGAGGAUGGCGUGACUGGAGCAGUGAGAGCAUUUUUUAAACAUCUUCCUCAAGAAUUGCCGCCUCAAACUCCACCAACAUCAGCUCUAUGGGAAAGGGGAGCAGAAAAUUAAGGUGUUGCCCCUCAUCACCUCAUGGUAGCAGAUUAUACAUCUUCCCAGAACUUAUCUCACACUGUUGAGCUCUAGGUAAGUAGUUUGUGAGGUGAGCAGCUAGUAAAUCAGCUGAACCGAGCCCACAAACUAAUUUUGAAAAAUAGACCUUCAUUAGAACAAAUAAAUAAUCAAGUUGUGAAUCUGGUGGAUUCUGCGAGGAUUAACUGAUGGGCUGUAGGAGGUUGGUUUUCAGGAGAGAGCGCAUGAUGAGUUGUUUCCGUGAAAGUGGUGUGUUCUGACAUUAAGAAUAUCAGAAUGUAAUUUGUGCAAGUGGGUUUGUUUGA